GUCCUUUUUCGCCGACACGGCCCCCGUCUCUCUCUUCGUCACGCCAACAUGCAUCGCGUCUCAUUUCGUUCUCACUCUUAUGUCCUGUUCUUCACCGGUAGUGUCUGAACAAGCCAGAGAGAAGACCCUCUCCAGCCCCUCGCUUUCUCUUCAGUUUCACUUCCAUGUCGAUCUUGCAUAUUUGCUAGCUGUAAAUCACUAUAAGCGCCUUUAAUGGCGGAGUACAGAGCUCUCUCUCUUUUCUCCGCUCGUCGUUUUGCUGCCAAGGUCGCGAUUUUUGUGUUUAGUGCGACGAUCUUUGCUCUGCCUCUCGUUCGGGGUGCUACUAAUCCUUCUGAUGCUCAAGCUCUUCGGGUUAUGUACGCCACAUUGAACAGCCCUGCUCAGCUAACUGGUUGGAAAAGCAGUGGUGGCGAUCCUUGUGGAGAGUCAUGGAGAGGGGUUGUUUGUGAGGGUUCUUCUGUUGUUUCCAUUCAGAUUUCUGGAUUAGGGCUGAGUGGGACAAUGGGAUAUUUGCUUUCUGACCUUAUGUCAUUAAGAACAUUAGAUAUGAGUGCCAACAGCAUUCACGAUGGAAUCCCAUAUCAGUUACCUCCAAAUCUUACAAACUUAAAUCUUGCAAGCAAUAACUUAAGUGGGAACAUUCCCUAUUCCAUUUCUGCAAUGGUUUCUCUUAAUUCUCUGAAUUUCAGUAAUAAUUUGCUUACCCAGUCAAUUGGAGAUAUAUUUGUUAAACUCGCUGGCCUUUCAACCUUGGAUCUCUCUUUCAACAACUUUACUGGAGAUCUUCCUACAUCCAUUAGUUCGUUAUCCAAUAUUUCUUCUAUCUAUGUGCAGAAUAAUCGGCUAACUGGUUCUGUUAAUAUCCUCUCAAGAUUACCUUUGACUAAUCUAAAUGUUGCAUACAACAACUUCAGUGGAUGGAUACCACAUGAACUUAGUUCAAUCCCAAAUUUUAUAUAUGUUGGAAACUCAUUUGACAAUGGUCCCGCUCCUCCACCUCCACCGUAUACGUCACCUCCUCCUCGUAGAUCUCAUAACUAUCAUAAUCAUUCUGGAGCUGGCAUGCAAAAGUCCCCUGGUUCUGAUGGUCAAUCAUCCCAUCCAGAUAGUGGAAAAACUAAGGCGGUGAAAGUUGGACCUAUUGUGGGCAUAAUUUUUGGUUCUAUCAUUGUUGUUCUUUUUGCUCUGUUUGCUGUUGUUUUUUGCGUACACAACAGGAGGAAGGAAGCCCAUUCAAGAGCUUCUACAGAAAGUAUCUCUCUUGGCACUGAAAAGGUAAAUACAGAGAUGCAAGAGCGGAGGGCAAAACAUGUGGUUACUGUGACAGAUUUGAAGCCCCAACCGGCUCAAAAAUUGAUGGUUGAAAGGGUACAUGGGAAAAAUGGAACUGGAAAUAGAGUGAAGUCCCCCAUAACUGCUACUUCAUAUACAGUUGCUUCCCUCCAAACAUCAACUAAUAGCUUUAGUCAAGAAUUUCUUAUUGGUGAAGGUUCCCUCGGUCGUGUUUACAGAGCUGAAUUUCCCAAUGGAAAGACAAUGACUGUCAAGAAGAUCGACAAUGCAGCACUAUCAUUACAGGAGGAAGAUAACUUUCUUGAAGCUGUUUCAAACAUGUCACGCUUGAGGCACCCUAACAUUGUAGCAUUGAUAGGAUAUUGUGCAGAACAUGGACAACGUCUUCUGGUUUAUGAGUAUAUUGGAUUUGGGAAUCUGCAUGAUAUUUUACACUUUUCUGAUGAUGGCAAGAUAUUGACUUGGAAUAAACGUGUUAGAAUAGCACUUGGUACUGCUAGAGCUUUAGAGUACUUGCACGAAGUGUGCUUGCCUUUCAUUGUCCAUAGAAACUUCAAGGCAGCAAACAUUUUACUAGAUGAAGAGUUCAACCCACACUUGUCAGAUUGUGGUCUAGCUGCCCUCACACCCAAUACUGAGCGGCAGAUGUCAACUCAGAUGGUUGGUUCAUUUGGUUACAGUGCUCCUGAAUUUGCAUUGUCGGGAAUAUACACUGUUAAAAGCGAUGUGUACAGUUUUGGGGUGGUGAUGUUGGAGCUGUUGACUGGUAGAAAGCCGCUAGACAGCUCAAGAGUGAAAUCAGACCAAUCCCUUGUGAGAUGGGCAACCCCACAACUUCAUGAUAUAGAUGCAUUGGCAAAAAUGGUUGAUCCUUCCCUAAAUGGCAUGUAUCCUGCAAAGUCUUUGUCUCGUUUUGCGGACAUCAUUGCCCUUUGUGUUCAGCCCGAGCCGGAGUUUCGGCCUCCCAUGUCUGAAGUAGUGCAAGCACUGGUUCGGUUAAUGCAAAGGGCUACUGUGGUCCAAAGGCGUCCUAGUGAUGAAUCGGGAUUUUUGCACAGAACUCCGGAUCACGAGGCAGGCGACACGUCAUUUUAAGUGUCUUAGCCUCGUCAAAGUAAAAUAAAAUUAGUGACACAUGCAAAGGUCGACAGUGAAGGACGUGAUUGAGGUGAUCAAGUUGAGAUCGGAGUGAUACUGUAAUUAUGUUCUAUACGUGUAUCUGGAUGUGUUGUUACUCUCUUUUGUAUUCUGAAGCUUCAUUCAAUAUUUCAUGGUGAUCAAGAAAUUUCCUGCAUAAUAAUUAAUUGUCUGAUUCAACGAA